CCGCCGUAAAUGUGCGCGUCGUGCUCGCUGACAGCAGCCAUUGUGGUUGGGGAAUAUGGCUGUCGGUCACAUUCGUGGGGCAGUCUUUCGGCCCUCGCUUAGGCUUCUGUUCCACAGACACGGGCACUCUGAGGCAGCACCAUCCGCAACGGUACAAGCCAAGACUGUGACAUUUUGUCCUCCUGCUGCUUCACAAUAUGACUGGAUUGGCCCUCCUGACAGAAAUUCCAACCUGAGACCCAUAUCUUAUUUUAUUCCAAAGCACGAGUCUGUGCUUGAGAAAAAACUUAGGACAUUGAGGCACGAAACGCAUGAAUGGAACCAAAGUUUUUGGGCAAAUCAGAAUCUAAGCUUUAUAAAGGAGAAAGAAGAAUAUAUUAAUAUGAAACUUAAAGCUUUAGGAUUGAGUGAAAGAGAUGAAGAGGGAAGGAAAAGAAACCUGAAUGCAGAGGAAAUGGCUGAAUUCUAUAGGGAUUUCCUUGGGAAAAAUCUUGAAAAGCAUACAUCCUACAACAGAGAAUGGUAUGAGCGGAACUUUAGAAUAACCUUUCUGAUGGGUCAAGUUGCACUGCAGAGAGUUUGGAAGAAACUGUCAAAAAAAGAAAGAGCGACUGAAACGUGAAACUAAUUAUGUUAACCAAAAUAAAACCAUUUGAAACUGUAUAUCUUAGGCAUCCCAUGUUGCAUAUUGUAUUUUUGAAGAAGCUCCUGUUUCUAAUCUGAUGGGAUUCAGAGAAGCUGGUCUAGUAAAUCACAAUUGAGUAAUAAGCACAAACAUACUGUGUAAAGGCCUGUUUAAUUAAAGGUGAUAACGAUGUAUCACUGCAGUAUAUUUUCUUAAAAUAAAUGUUUCAGCCUGUUGA